GCCUCAGCCAAUGAGCCGGACACUUUGGCAGGGAGGGUGUGGUGGAGAUAGUUGGAGGGGACCCGUCCUUUCUGUGGCCACUGCCAGACCCAAAUUGAGUCUCCCAGUUUGGGCUAGAGUGUGGUAGAGAUUGCCGCUCUGGUGCUGUUCCUUGCGGACAACAAGAUGGAGCUGUUGUCGCUUUUUUUAGCGACGUUUGUUGUCUCCACAGCCACAUCCGAACUCAUUGAGCUUUCGUAUACCUACAACGUAGAUGCGCCAACCAGUCCCAAGUUGACUCAGUUCACGCACAAGAUUGUGAAGAAAGGCCUCAAUAAAUUUGGAAUAUGGGUGGAACUGAACGAAUUUUGUGCAUCGGAGCAUUCUGGGACCCACGUCGAUGCUCCUGUGCAUCUUGCUGAACACGGCUGGCCUGUGAACUCAAUUCCAACUAAGCGUUUGUGGAGAGUGCCAGCCGUGGUGAUCGACGUUUCGAACCAAAUCAAGUCAGCUAAUCAUCUAAACUAUGAGGUGAAGGUCCAAGACCUUGAGGAUUGGGAGGCAGUCAAUGGUAUUAUACCGGAUGCUACUCUUGUCCUCAUACGAACGGGCUGGGGCGCUAAAGUAAACAACCUUCGAGAUUACUCAGGCUUAGACCAACAUAACAAAAACAAUUUCCCAGGUCUUGGCAAGGGAGCGGCCGAGUGGCUGGCCAACCACGGCAAGGAUCAUGGGCAUGAUACGGGUGUCAUAGGCGUCGGGAUCGAUACCAUUUCGAUAGACGUCGGGCAAUCUGUCAGGCUUCCAUCCCACGUCGCACUGUUCUCGGAAAAUAUCUACGCUAUAGAAAACAUGGCUAAUCUUGAUAAGUUGCCAGUCAAAGGAGCAAUCGUGACAGUUCUCCCCAUGAGGAUAGGCGGGGGCAGCGGGGCUCCGGCUCGAAUCAUCGCAGAAGUAGGGGAGGAAAAUCAAGUGAGCAGAGCCCCUAGAGUAUUCGACCACUCGCUUGCCCUGCUGUUGUUCGUGGCCCAGGUGAUGGCUGUGGUCGGUCGCGGGUUGUAGAGCGGCGCUCCUCUCCCAGUUUCCUUUCUAUGCUUUCCUUUUGUUGCCUCUUAAGCGGCGACAUUUCUCGCCUCUUGUGGAACGAAAAGGUAAUGGUUCUAAAUUCUACAAUCUAAAGACGCUUUGGCCAUUUCUAUUGAUUGCUAUCUUGUUUUGAGUUUUUUUCUUUUUUUUAAGAAUAAAGUUAAUUAUUUUCUAAGUAGGGUAACUUGUACUCGCAGGUUUACUUAAAGCACCGGCCAAGCGAAACACUGCAAUGUAUUGAUAUCACUUUUUAGCAGCAUUGUAGAAGACAAGUUUAGUGGCUAAGUACCACAGCUUCGCCAGAUUUCUGAGACUGUAUCAGUCUGAUUCAGCUACCGACAAUCUUGUGCUCAUUUGAUAGCAAAGAAGUGAUCCUAAAAUCGAAUGCAUUAGUUUUAGCAGUAGCAGAGUACCUCUGCACUGAAUAAUUGUAACUAAUCUCUAUCUUGAGAUAUAUAUGUCACGGUCUUUUUAGUUCUUUUGUAAGCAUAACUAAUAAAAGAUACGAGAA